GCUAGCGGUUAGCUGGGGUAGUGCCGCUCGGCUCGUUAAAUCAUAUUUUUGUGGUUUGCGCAGUAUCGUAAAUGCCUUCGGCGUAGCUCAGAUACUGUCGAUAAAUGUCUGCAGUGUGACGCAGGGACGGUGGAGGUUUUGAGGCCGUGUUUUUGUGGUUGAGUUGACUCUGAAGGGGAAGAUGUGCAAUGGAAUGAUAGAGUCAGUAUCAAAAGCCUUUUGGGCCCACACCUCAGCCACUAAAUGGUCCUUCUUGUUGCUGGUGGUGCUGACUGUAGUUUCCACUGGGCAAGGGUCAGGAUGCGUGAGGCCAUACAUGGUCCAGAACAGCUGGGUAAACCUCACAGAAUCCAACAGGGGAUCCUUCCCUGUAGGUACAGUAUUGCAGUACAGCUGUGACCCGGGUUACCUGCCAGAUGGACCCGACAUCCUCACCUGCACCACACUGGGACGAUGGACCUCCGACCCUCCUCACUGUAUACGCAGUGGAGCUUGUCUGCCCUUCUCCAAACUCGAGAAUGGAGGCUACACCUGCCACCCGUCCCCGUGUCGAAUGUUUUCUCAUGGCACUGUGAUUGAAUUAUUCUGUAAUGAGGGCUUUGUUCUCAGUGAAGACUACAAUUACCUGACCUGUCAGGAUGGACAGUGGGAUGGCCCCAUGCAUAUCAGCUGUGUAAGCCAAGGUUGCAUUAGACCCUCCAUGUUGCAGCAUGGCUCAACUAAUCUGACAGACACCAACAGUAACACGUUCCCAGUCGGCACAGUACUGCAGUACAGCUGUGAUCCUGGUUACCUGCCAGCCGGACGCAGCAUCCUCACCUGCACCACACGAGGAGACUGGUCUUCUGAACUUCCUCGCUGUAUACGUAGUGAUGUAUGCCAGCCUCCAUAUCAACCAGAAAAUGGAGGCUACACCUGCCAUCCCUCCCCAUGCAGAAGACUUUCUCACGGCAUUGUGAUUCAGUAUUUCUGUGACGACGGUUACAUUCUGAAGGGAGACUAUAAAUACCUUACCUGUCAGUAUGGGAAAUGGGACAACCCCAUGCCAGUCAGCUGUGUCAUGGAGCAAGGCAAAGGUUGUGUAAGACCCUCUAUGGUGCAGCAUGGCUCAACUAAUCUGACAGACACUAACAAGAGCCUGUUCCCAGUGAGCACAGUUCUGCAAUACAGCUGCGACCCUGGUUACCUGCUGGAUGGACCCAGCACCCUGACCUGCACCACACUGGGACACUGGUCCUCUGAACCUCCUCGCUGUAUACGCAGUGACAUAUGCCAGCCUCCAUAUCAGCCAGAGAAUGGAGGCUACACCUGCCAUCCCUCUCCAUGUCGAAGACUUUCUCAUGGCACUGUGAUUGAAUAUUUCUGUGAUGAAGGUUAUAUUCUGAAGGGAGAUUAUAAAUACCUUACCUGUCAGUAUGGGGAAUGGGACAGCCAGAUGAAGCUGAGCUGCGUCAUGGAGCAAGACCGCAACCCAACUUUGCCAAUCGGGAUGCCAGCCUUGUCUAUAGUGGCGUCCACAGCGAGCUCAGUGGCUUUCAUCCUGCUCCUUGUGGUGCUGUUUGUUCUUCUGCAGCCAAAACUCAAGUCUCUCCAUCGACGUGAUCAGUUUGUGUCGGGCCAGCCUGUGUCGAUCAUGGUGGAGGGAGUCCAGGUGACUCUGCCUUCGUAUGAGGAAGCUGUGAGCGGUGGUGGAGCCUCAGCCUCAGCUCUCAGCUCUGAGUCUCGAGUCCAGAUCGUGCUGUCUGAGGGUCAACAUGCCGCAACGCCAGAGGCUGGCCCCUCUGGGCCUCCAUCCCUCAAACAGCAGCAGUCAGAGAUGGCUGUGGUCCACCCUGUACCACCAUCCUCAUCUUCCUCAUCACCAUCAUCCUCUACCUGGGUUCUGGAUCAUGCAGGUGCUGCAGGAGGCACCUCGUCUUUACAAAGAAGGCCGUCUGCAGGCAGCGACCAACACAGCCUGUCUCUAGACUCUGAGAUGGACUACUCUGAUGAUAUGCCAUUACUGAAGGAGGCCUGAAACAUGCUGCAGCCUUUGGACUUACAUGAGACAACUAGCUUUGCUACUGACCUGUACUGGUGAGCAGGAGUUUGUUAACACAGCUGUCAACACAGAUUGGCCCAACCACAGAGGCUCUGAGUGAAGCUGUGGGUCACUCACAAUAUUUCAUCUGACCAUCCCAAAGGAGAGCAAACAAAGGCUUCACAUGUACAUACAUGCUUACAUUUUUAUGGUAAUUCCCACACUAUGUUUUUAUGUCUCACAUCUGUUAAAUAAAACAGAGAGGAACGGCCACCUCUGGAGGAAGGUGUCUUAAAGGCUGUUGAAAAAAAUGACUGAUGGGUUUCAGUUGAAUGAGCAAAGCUGCAAACUCAUUUUGGGAGCUGAUAAUGUCAUCUGUGUCUUGUUUACGGUUGUUUUUCUUAGACCAAACAUCCUGCCAUUUAUUAAAACAUUGGCAAAGAUGCAUGAAGGCCAGGUUACUAGGUUGUCGUCCAGUUUGUGUAUGCUCACGACAUUGUCUUGAAGAGUUUUUGUGAUUCUAAAUGAAUACUUAAUCAUGACUCACAUCAUUCCACGUGUCACUGUACAGUAUAAGGCUGCUUGUCCGUCCAAGAGUUCACUCUGCUGAGUUGAGGGCCUGCAUUCAACAUAUUUCAUCCCUCCGAACCGCUUCAUAUUCAAAUAGAUUUUCUUUGUCAUACUCAUACCCUUUUCCCCAAUGGCCUUAGCUUUCCACUUCUAUGCACAGGUAUCUAUAAUAUAUGAAAUAAGGAAUUUUAAAAAUGAAUGUCAGUUAAAUGCCUCCACCGCUUAGUGAUAUUAUGUGGCUUUGUCAGACACGUCACUUGUACACCGGAAAAUAUUAUCUUCUUAAUUUAUUCAGGCUGCUUUGGAAUUCCUGUUUUACGUCUAAACGGGAAAUUCAAAUGUGUACUUAAUUUAUUUGUGCCCAGAAUGCUGUUGAUCAGCCAUGGCUUUUUUUUUUUGAUGCUUCCACAGCUCAUGGAAACUUUAAAAAGUAGGUCUUUUCACUUUGCCGCUUCACUUUUAAUUCUACUGCAGGCACGUUAUAUGUGACACUGUCAAAGUGGUUGGGAAGAUCCAACACUAAAAAAGAGUUAGUGUACAGAUUAGUGUAAUGUCAGUGUUCACUUUGUUUGACUGUCCAUGGAGUUUACUUUUGGACUGAGGAAUGGAUUUUUUUUGUUUGUUUUUGGUAAAGAUGGGAUUUUAAUAUAUGUAAAAAAAAAACUGUUUUAAGUUAUGUUUGCUCUGUAUAUAUCAUGAUCGUUUUUGAUUAAAUAUUAUUUGAGGUGUUGAAACACA